CUCUGGGAGGAGACGGGGGGAGGGUGCAGGGCGGGGGCCGCUCGGCCAGGAGCCUUCGAGGUGGGCGCCCUGGGCAGGGCAAGUGACUGAGGUGUGGAGGGGGAGGAUGCGCCUCUCCAAAACCCUUGUCGACAUGGAUAUGGCCGACUACAGUGCUGCGCUGGACCCCGCCUACACCACCCUGGAGUUCGAGAACGUGCAGGUGUUGACCAUGGGCAAUGACACAUCUCCAUCAGAAGGUGCCAACCUCAGUGCAGCCAACAACCUGGGCGUCAGCGCCUUGUGCGCCAUCUGCGGGGACCGGGCCACGGGCAAGCACUACGGCGCCUCGAGCUGCGAUGGCUGCAAGGGCUUCUUCCGGCGGAGCGUGAGGAAGAACCACAUGUACUCCUGCAGGUUCAGUCGGCAGUGCGUGGUGGACAAAGACAAGAGGAACCAGUGCCGCUACUGCAGGCUCAAGAAGUGCUUCCGGGCUGGCAUGAAGAAGGAAGCCGUGCAGAACGAGCGGGACCGGAUCAGCACGCGCAGGUCAAGCUACGAGGACAGCAGUCUGCCCUCCAUCAACGCGCUCCUGCAGGCCGAGGUCCUGUCCCAGCAGAUCACCUCCCCUGUCUCCGGGAUCAAUGGCGACAUCCGGGCAAAGAAGAUCGCCAGCAUCGCGGAUGUGUGCGAGUCCAUGAAGGAGCAGCUGCUGGUGCUCGUGGAGUGGGCCAAGUACAUCCCGGCGUUCUGCGAGCUCCCCCUGGACGACCAGGUGGCGCUGCUCAGAGCCCACGCCGGCGAGCACCUGCUGCUCGGAGCCACCAAGCGAUCCAUGGUGUUCAAGGACGUUCUGCUGCUCGGGAACGACUACAUCAUCCCGCGGCACUGCCCGGAGCUGGCGGAGAUGAGCCGGGUGUCCAUGCGCAUUCUCGACGAGCUGGUGCUGCCGUUCCAGGAGCUGCAGAUCGAUGACAACGAGUACGCCUGCCUCAAAGCCAUCAUCUUCUUUGACCCAGAUGCCAAGGGUCUGAGCGACCCGGGUAAGAUCAAGCGGCUGCGGUCCCAGGUGCAGGUGAGCCUGGAGGACUACAUCAACGACCGCCAGUACGACUCGCGUGGCCGCUUCGGUGAGCUGCUGCUGCUGCUGCCCACCCUGCAGAGCAUCACCUGGCAGAUGAUCGAGCAGAUCCAGUUUAUCAAGCUCUUCGGCAUGGCCAAGAUCGACAACCUGCUGCAGGAGAUGCUGCUGGGAGGUCCGUGCCGGGCCCCGGAGGGGCUGAGAGGAUCCUCCAGCGACGCCACCCAUGCCCAUCACCCCCUGCACCCUCACCUGAUGCAGGAGCACAUGGGCACCAACGUCAUCGUCGCCAACACCAUGCCCGCUCACCUCGGCAACGGGCAGAUGUGUGAGUGGCCCCGACCCAGGGGGCAGGCAGCCACCCCUGAGACGCCGCAGCCCUCACCGCCAGGUGGCUCGGGGUCCGAGCCCUACAAGCUCCUGCCAGGAGCGGUCGCCACCAUCGUCAAGCCCCCCUCCGCCAUCCCGCAGCUGACCAUCACCAAGCAAGAAGUCAUCUAGCAAGCCGCCGGGGGUCGGGGGCUCUGCUGGCCCCCCAGCCCCCUCAGAGAGCCCCUGGUGGUCCCUCCGUCCCAGUGGAGGGAGCUGUGACCCGAACAGGGCCAGCCCCAGAGCAAGAAUGAAAAGGGCGAAGGGCCCAAGAACCUGGGCCGUGGACCGUAUCCCAUUGCCACCCUCCACCCCUGCUCUGGACGCGGGGCUCCGACCUGGGGACACCCCAGCUGGACACCCUCGGCUGCCUCAGACAACUUCGCUGAAGCCACUGCCUUCCCCUCAUCCGCUGCCGCCCCACCCACUUCGCCGGCGGAGGACCUCGCUCCAGCGAGGCCCCUCCCCCUCAGGCCCGCCCCUCCCUCCCA